GGGAAACAACUUGCGGCAGAAGUGCACCUCUGGGCGCUACGCCUGGACAAGGAGUUGUGGACUUUCACGCAUCAGUGGCAAAAAAGCAAGGCUCUAUACGCUUCAGUGCAGGCUACGAACGAGUCAGACCUCAUCCUGUCACCUGAACUGCUCAAGCGCCUACAUCGAGAUACCAAUACAUUCUUCGAAAGCAGAGAUAUCUACAAGUCCAUCAAUGCACCGUGGAAGCGCGGCCUAUUGCUGAUUGGCCCACCUGGCAAUGGCAAGACCGGCGCCCUGCAAGUGUUGCUCAAGAGCAUGUCUCACAUCCCAGUGCUGUACGUCAAGUCGUGCGGUCACGCACCUCCGAGCAUUUCAGCAAUCUUCGGCAAGGCCCGUCAAACCUCACCGUGCAUUCUCGUAUUCGAAGACCUUGAUGCGCUCAUCAAUGACAUGACGCGCGCGUACUUUCUCAACGAGGUCGACGGAUUGGAGAACAAUGAUGGCAUCUUGAUGAUUGCUACGACCAAUCACCCCGAGAGGAUCGACGAUGCCAUCAUGAAGCGACCGUCGCGAUUUGACAGCAAAUAUAUAUUUGGUUUGCCGGACCACAACCUGCGCAAGCGCUUCAUCCUCAAGUGGCUCUACGAGAAAGUGCGGGACACCAGCAUCGACUUUGACUCGCGGGAAUACAGCAAUCCGGGCGUCAGCGACAUAGACAGCUUGGCGGACCACAUUGCGAGUAAAACCGAAGGUUGGAGCUUUGCAUUUCUCAAAGAGCUC